AUGCUCUCAGUCUCGGCCGUCGCCGGCCCCCAGUCUCCGGCCCCGGCCGUCUUCGGCAGCGGGCUCGGCCGUCUCCGGCCCUCAGUCUCCGCCCACCAGUCUCAGGGAUCGGUCGUCUCCAGCUCCCAGUCUAUCGCCGGCCACCAGUUUCCGGCUCCCAGUCUCCGGCCCCGGGCUCGGUCGUUUCCGGCCCCGAGUCUCCGGCCACCAGUCUCCGGCUCCGUGCUCGGCCGUCGCCGGCAACCAGUUUUUGUACCCCAGUCUCCGUCCCCGGGCGCGGUCGUUUACGGCCCCCAGUCUCCGGCCCCGGGCUCGGCCGUCUUCAGCCCACAGUUUCAGUUCCCGGGCUCGGCCGUCUCCGGCCCCGUGCUCGUCCGUAUCCGGCCCCUCAGUCUCUGCAAUCUCCGGCCCCCAGUGUCCGGCCCCGUGCUCGGCCGUUGUCGGCCCCUCAGUCGCGGCCGUCUCCGGCCCCCAGUCUCCGGCUCCGGACUCGGCCGUCUCCGGCCCCCAGUCUCCGGCCCCCAAUCUCCGGGCUCGGCCGUCUCCGGCCCCCAGUCCCCGCCCACUAUUCUCAGGGACCGGUCAUCUCCGGCUCCCAGUCUGUCGCUCCGUGCACGGCCGUCUCCGGCCGCCAGUCUCCGGCCCCGGGCCCAGGGCUCGGCCGUCUCCGGCCCCCAGUCUCCGGCCCCUCAAUCUCGGCCGUCUCCGGCCCCCAGCCUCCGCUCACCAGUCUCAGGGACCGGUCGUCCCCGGCUCCCAGUCUGUCGCCCCGUGCACGGCCGUCUCCGGCCCCGGGCUCGUCCGUCUCCGGCCCCCAGUCUCCGGGCUCGGCCGUCUCCGGCCCCUCGGUCUCCGGGCUCUCAGUUUCGGCCGUCUCCGGCCCCCAGUCCCCGCCCACCAGUCUCAGGGACCGGUCGUCUCCGGCUCCCAGUCUGUCGCCUCGUGCACGGCCGUCUCCGGCCCCCAGUCUCCGGCCACCAGUUUCCGGCCCCCAUUCUCCGACCCACUGUCUCCGGCCCCCAGUCUCCCGCCCUGGGCUCGGCCGUCGCUGGCCCUCAGUAUCUGGCCCCCAUCCACGGCCCCUCAGUCUCCAGGCUCUCAGUCUCGGCCGUCUCCGGCCACCAGUCUCCGGCUGCGGGCUCGGCCGUCGCCAGCCCCCAGUCUCCGGCCCCGGCCGUCUCCGGCAGCGUGCUCUGCCGUCUCCGGCCCCCAGUCUCCGGCCCCGGGCUCUGCCGUCUCCGGCCCCCAGUCUCCGGCCCCGGGCUCGGCCGUCUCUGGCCCCCAGUCUCCUGCCCCGGGCUCGGCCGUCGCCGGCCCACAGUAUCUGGCCCCCAGUCUCCGGCUCCGGGCUCGGCCGUCUGCGACCCCCAGUCUCGGGCCCCGGGCUCGGCCGUCUCCGGCCCCCAGUCUCCGGCCCCGGGCUCGGCCGUCUCCAGCCCACAGUUUCCGUUCCCGGGCUCGGCCGUCUCCGGCCCCGUGCUCGUCCGUAUCUGGCCCCUCAGUCUCUGCAAUCUCCGGCCCCGUGCUCGGCCGUCUCCGGCUCCUCAUCUCCGGGCUCGGCCGUCGCCGGCCACCAGUCUCCGGCCCCGGUCUCGGUCGUUUCCGGCCCCCAGUCGACGGCUCCCAGUCUCUCGGCAGUCUCCGGCCCUGGGCUCGGUCGUGUCCGGCCCCCAGUCUCCGGCCCCUCAGUCUCCGGCCCCUCAGUCUCGGCGGUCUCCGGCCCCCCAGUCUCCGGCCCCGGGCUCGGCCGUCUCCGGCCGCCAGUCUCCGGCCCCGGGCUCGGCCGUCUCCGGCCCCCAGCCUCCGGCCCCCAUUCUCCGUCUCCGGCCCCCAGUCUACGGCCCCCAGUCUCCGGGCUCGGCCGUCGCCGGCCACCAGUCUCCGGCCCCGGUCUCGGUCGUUUCCGGCCCCCAGUCGCCGGCUCCCAGUCUCUCGGCAGUCUCCGGCCCUGGGCUCGGCCGUCCCCGGCCCAAAGUCUCCGUCCCCAGUGUCGGCCGUCUCCGGCCCACAGUCUCCGGCCACGGGCUCGGCCGUCGCCGGUCCCCAGUCUACGGCCCCCAGUUUCCGGCUCCCAGUCUCCGGCCCCGGGCUAAGUCGUUUCCGGCCACCAGUCUCCGGGAUCGGUCGUUUCCCGCCCCCAGUCUCCGGCUCCCAGUCUCUCGCCCCGGGCUCGGCCGUCUCCGGCCCCCAUUCUCCGGUCGCGAGCUCGGCCGUCCCCGGCCCCCAGUCUCCGUCCCUGGGCUCGGCCGUCUCCGGCCCCUCAGUCUCCGGGUUCUCAGUCUCGGCCGUCUCCGGCCCANCUCCGGCCCCUCAGUCUCCGGGUUCUCAGUCUCGGCCGUCUCCGGCCCACAGUCUCCGGCCCCGGGCUCGGCCGUCCCCGGCCCCCAGUCUCCGUCCCUGGGCUCGGCCGUGUCCGGCCCCCAGUCUCCGGCCCCUCAGUCUCCGGGCUCUCAGUCUCGGCGGUCUCCGGCCCCCCAGUCUCCGGCCCCUCAGUCUCCGGCCCCGGGCUCGGCCGUCUCCGGCCCCCAGUGUCCGGCCCUGGGCGCGGCUGUCCCCGGCCCCCAGUCUCCGGCCCGUAUUCUCCGGCUCCGGGCUCGGCCGUCUCCGGCUCCCAGUCUCCGACUCCGGGCUCGGCCGUCGCCGGCCCCCAGUCUCCGUACCCCAGUCUCCGGCCACCAGUCUCUGGGAUCGGUCGUUUCCGCCCCCCAGUUUCCGGCCACCAGUCUCCGGGCUCGGCCAUCUCCGGCCCCCAGUCUCCGGCCACCAGUCUCCGGCCCCCAGUCUCCGGCUCCCAGUCUCCCGCCCCGCGCUCGGCCGUCUCCGGGCCCCAGUCUCCGGCCGUCUCCGGCCACCAGUCUCCGACUGCAAGGAGACAUAGAACACCGAUAA